ACUUCAGUAUACUUGGAAAAAUGUAAACAUUUCCGAAACUAACGAGUUUGUUUUUCAUAUAAACAUUUCGUGUCGCUUUGAAAACAAGACUGGCUUUGUUUUUAAUUUUUUUAUUUUUUAAAUUUUAAUUAUUAUUGUUUCUUUUUGUUUUUUUUUUAUCCUCCCUCCCGCCUGACAGCCCUUCUCAUAUGUCUGCGUGUCCCACAACAUCAACUCAGUUGAUCAUGGCGCUUGGACGCGGCGGGGUCUCGGUGCUCUGGCUUUUCCGUUGUUUUCCUUAAACUAUUCCAAACACAAGCUCUCGGACUCGGAUCAACAAAUACAGCAGUGAAGUAGACCCACUUAUUUCUGACCUCAGGACCCCGGAUGUGAACAUGUAAACGUCUGGUUCGACUCCAGGAUCGAGAUUUCAGGCUCGUUUUUCCUUUUCCUUUUCCCAAGUUUCCCAGUUUUAACUCGGAAAGCGACUGUUCCUGGAAGAGGAAGAAGAGGAGGAGGGAAGGAGAAGAAGGGAAAGAAGGAAAAGAAGGAGAGGCCGUGUUUAAGUGCCUGGUAAUAAAGCAACAAUGGUUGUGGUAUGGGAGUGACAUGAGAGCUGAGGUGAACCUCGACACUCUCGCACCAAAAAAUGUGUCUGUCUCAUCCGAGAGGCCAGUUGGAGUGAACAAUGGACGAAUCGGCCCUGCUGGAUCUGCUUGAGUGCCCGGUGUGCCUAGAACGGCUGGACGCCACCGCCAAGGUCCUGCCGUGCCAGCAUACGUUCUGCCGCCGCUGCCUGCUCGGCAUCGUGGGAUCGCGUGGCGAGCUGCGAUGCCCUGAAUGUCGCACGCUCGUGGAGAGCGGCGUGGACGAGUUGCCCAGCAAUAUCCUCCUCGUGCGCUUGCUCGACGGCAUCAAGCAACGACCCUGGCGAGCAGGCACGGGUUGUACCAAUGGCUUGGCUGGUGGGGGGGUUAGAGAGCACGCGAACCCAGGAGCGCAGCCCCAAAGAGCUCAGACCAAAAGCACUGCGGUCAGGGGAGUCCCCCAGCUUCCCUGCGCCAAGGCCUUGUACAACUACGAUGGCAAGGAACCCGGCGACCUCAAGUUCAGCAAGGGCGACAUCAUCAUCCUGCGCCGGCAGGUGGACGAGAACUGGUACCACGGCGAAGUGGGCGGAGUUCACGGCUUCUUCCCGGCCAGCUUCGUGCAGGUGAUCAAGCCACUCCCACAGCCGCCGCCACAGUGCAAGGCCCUGUACGACUUUGAGCUGAAGGACAAGGAGGCUGACAAGGACUGCCUUCCCUUCUCAAAGGAUGACAUUCUGACAGUUAUUCGACGAGUGGACCAGAACUGGGCUGAGGGAAUGCUGGGAGAUAAAAUCGGCAUCUUCCCCAUAUCCUACGUUGAGUUUAACUCGGCUGCACGGCAGCUCAUCGAGCUCGACAAGGUGCCAGACGACUCUGCCGAGGGUACUUCCUCCUCCUCUUCCUCUUCCUCCUCCUCCUCAGGCCCCCAAGCCAACGGCUCACAAAAAGCGGCAGGGGAGAAAAAGAACAGCAAGAAGCGCCACUCGUUCACCUCACUGACCAUGUCCCAUAAACCGUGCCUGGCCCCACCGCCGCAGCGCCACUCCAUGGAGAUCAGCGGGCCCGUGCUCAUCAGCUCCUCGAACCCUACAGCGGCCGCACGCAUCGGAGAGCUCAGCGGGGGUUUGUCCUCCAGCGCCCCCUCCCAGGUUCACAUUUGCACAACAGGCCUCAUCGUCACGCCACCUCCGAGCAGUCCUGUAACAACGGCGACGGUCUUCACUUUUCCUCCGGAGACCAGCUAUGCCUCCAUCCCAGUGGACACGUUGCCUCCUCCUCCACCUCCUCCCCCACAAUCUUCCUCUAUGGGCGCUGCGUCAUCAUUGGCCGCAGGGCAGAGGCCGUCCCCGACUGCAAGCGACCAGAGCGGACGCCAGAGACCGACUGUGUACGUUGCGAUGUUCCCAUAUACACCGCGUAAGGAGGAUGAGCUGGAGCUGAGAAAGGGCGAGAUGUUCCUGGUGCUGGAGCGCUGUCAGGACGGCUGGUUUAAAGGAACGUCCAUGCACACUGGCAAGAUCGGAGUUUUUCCUGGCAACUACAUGAGUCCUGUCAGCAGGACGGUUGCGAGUAACAGUCAGCCCAAAGUGCCGUUAGGAAUGUGCUCGCAGGCUGGACGCGGCGUCACCAUAGUUAGCUCCUCGUCCUCUCCGAUCGGAGCUGCCCUGGGUGGCGUUGACCCCAACAAGCCCCUUCCUAUUUGCACAGGUCCAGCCCCUUCAAGCCCCAUUCCGGCAGCUGUAGUGACAGCAGCUCACAUGCCUCCUGGUCAGCAUCCCAAAGUGCUCAUGCAUGUGACGUCACAGAUGACGGUGAACCAGGCACGUAACGCUGUGAGGACCGCGGUGUGCCACAAUCAGGACCGCCCCACUGCAGCCGUAACGCCAAUCCAAUCCCAGAACGCCAUGGCUUUCCUGCCUCACCUGGCUGUGUGUCCGCAGCCAUCACCUGGCAGCGUGUCCGCCUCGAACCCUACGUCAAGCAGGAUGGGAGUGUCUAUGGGCUGCGCCGCCGCCUCACUUACCCCACCCAACAUCAGUGCUGCUUCUUUGGAGGUCGAUGGCAUGAGACCCGUCGCCAUGGUGUCGCUCCCAGUCGCUCCCGGUAACGCCAAGCCUCUCGGUGCAACCGCAGCGAACCAGGCUCCUGCUUGUAAACUAGACAAGGACUGCAAGAGAGAGAAGAAAGGCCUGUUGAAGCUGUUGUCAAAUAAAAAGAAACUCCGCCUUUCUCCCCCAUCUUCCCCGACUCUGGAGGCAGAGCAAGCCGUUGCCACGGCAGACAUGCCGCAAGGAGCCAUGGCACCUGAAAUGCCCGUGCCCAACCCAACAGCGGUGGCCAGUGGAAACCAUUGUCGGACCGGGGCUUGUCCUUUGGAAGCUGAGACACCUGCACCUUCAUCAUCAUCAUCAUCAUCAUCAUCAAAUAUUGAUGCUGCACGCAGGAGUGGCUGUCAGGAAAACUCCGCCCCCAUUGCACCGCCACCACGGCAACCGUGCUCCUCUCUCCUGUCCAUGCAGCAUGAUGGACGGCCAAUAGUGUGCGAGAGGUACCGCGUGGUGGUGUCUUACCCUCCACAGAGCGAGGCUGAGCUGGAGCUGAAGGAAGGCGACAUCGUGUUUGUGCACAAGAAGCGCGAGGACGGCUGGUUCAAAGGCACGCUCCAGAGGAACGGCCGAACGGGCCUCUUUCCCGGCAGCUUCGUCGACAGCAUCUGACUCGAACACAUGCUUGCCAUCAAGAAAAAUUACACCAAGCUGUGAUGAGGUUAGCAGCUGCAGUUGCCUGGAAAGCUCCUGGCAAUGACUGACAGAACGAGCGAGGAUCAGCGGUGUAUACACGAGGGUGGAUCUAAGCACAAAUCAACCCAAUUUUUUUUUUUAAACACAUCCUGGAUGCCAUGAGGCUGUCAUCGUCUCUUGGAGCAGAACACACACUUGCAGUUUUACACACAAAAAAAAACAAAAAAAAAACGCACAUAACUCAAGCACAUGUAUAAAACAGACAGCAUGAGAGAACGCUCACUUGACUCGGAGCUCGUCAUGUGAUAAUCCGUUAAUUUAUGUUCCUAUAUUUCCGAACGAUUUUAAAUGCGUGCCUUGUACGGCAUCACUUUAUUGUAUAUAAGCAAACAGAGCUUAUCUAUGAAUGAACUGAGCAAAGCUGGAAAAUAUUAAUUUUAUUAUACUCAUUGAAAACAAACAAAAAAAAAUGGUAGUUUUGGUUGUAGGGUAAAGAUGGAUGAUUUAAUGUGAACUAUGAUUGGCUGCCCCUGAUGUGUUGCUGAUUUGCGUCGCUUGGUCACCGAUAGAUGGAGUCGUAGAUUACGCAUUGCUUCAACAGAAUGGAUGUUGGUCACUGCCCAGUUAAACUACUGUUGAUCAUCCUGAAGAUAGAGUUGACCUUUAAUUUACUACUGAUUAAAAAACAAAAAAAAACAAACAAUAUUCAAAUUCAAUCCAGUGCAUAUAAACACACACAAAGGAAUUGAGAUUACAUGUAUGGAUGGGUUUGUGAAUUCAUGAGCAAAAACCCAGGCGUUUGAAUGCAUUUGCAAGCGUCGACGUUGCGAUGGCUCGUGCACAAUGAAUCGUAGUGAACAUGACCCAGUAUUGAGUAAGGAGUGGGGAUGUAGUGAAUCUGCUGUAGGUUUUAUUCAGUAACGGGGUUUAGACGUAGUACGGUUAAUGCUUCUGAUAUAACUUUUUUUGAUAUUUAAAAAAAAAAAAAAGAAAGAAAAAAAAAGAAAGAAAGAAAAUACACUCCAUAGAAAGCAUCUGAACGGUGGUGGCGUAGACGUUUAACUCAAAUUGUACUAAUUAUAUUUCUAUGUAUUAAAGUAUGAUAGCUGCUGGCUCCCUUUGUGUUUUUUUUUUUAUUUUUUAUGAGAGUACGACUGACAGCUGAGUGAUGGAUCGCUGAAGCACACUCAUACUUUUACUCUUGUGUUGUACGUGUGUGUGUGUGUGUGUGUGUGUUCCCGAUUCACAGCUAAUUUUAUUCUAUUGCACUACGCCCAACAGAGGACGGAUUGACCUUUUUGCUCAAGGUUGCAUCAGAUGAGCGCUGCUUGAUGGCUCAGGGGCCUCGAGUCCAGCGUCCCACUGAGGUCACUUCAGUGUUCUUCAUUUUGGUCGUGUUUGCCUCACAGUUUCGUCUCUAAUGACCAUUUCAGUCAAGCAGGUCAUUUUAAACGCCUCCAUAAGUUUGUGGUGUAAUCUUAAAGCUGUUGUGUAACUCGCGUGAGGUGUUUGAUUGAUUGAUCGUGAGGACGUUACGAAACACCAAGAUUAUACCACAAAUCCAUGGCUUAUUACUGUUAUUACAGGUUCCAAGCUGUGUCUUUUGUCAUCCCUGGCAUGCACAAGCAUGACUUGUCUUGGUUUUUUUCCCUCUAAACAUACCCUUCUGCACAUGAACCUUCUAUAAUAAAUAAUGACUGAUGUACUUAAAGACUCACUUGAACCCCAGAAUUAGCUGAUGUUGUUCUUUUUCCAGAUGACUCAUUGACAUUUACUGUUUGUCUUUUUUUUUUUUUUUUUUUUUUUUUUUUUUUUUUUUUUUUUUUUUUUUUUUUUUUUUUAAACAUUCAUGUCAUGAUCCAAAUCAAGACGUCUUAUUCUCGUGACCAAACCCAUAUGCAGUUAGAAUUUGUCCCUUCCCUAGUUUCUGGAGACAUUUCUACCUGAUCCAGUGUUGGAUUGAGAACUGUAGAUCUUAUUGAUUCUGGUUAGAAGUUACAGUGAUUGAAAAACACUGUUUACAAGUGUGUGCUGGUGUAGGAGGACCUCAAUUAGCUAACUAGCUGGUGUAUAGUGUCUUUUUAAAAAAUAUAUUUUUAUUAUUAUUUUUUGGGUACACUCUUACAGGAAGCUCAAGUGCCUGUUCUGUGUUGUCGAGUUCACCCGAGAUCAUCCUGUCCAUAUUUUGCACAAAAUCAAGGCAAAAAGAAAACAACUGAGAUUCAGGCAGAAGCUGACACACUAGUUCACUCCAUAUCAUCUUGAUUUCUUCAUUCAUACACCAUUUUGUUCUUUUCUUUUGUUUUUUUAAAAUCUAUAUAGCUGUCUAGCCAUUUCCUCAUUGUGCUAGACCAAAUGAUUUUCAUGCCUUGUUAUAGAGACACAGUACUAACCCUGACUUGAACACCUACUGUCUUUGCAUUAUUUUUUUUUGUUCCUGGGUUUAGUACAUGCUCGACUGUACGUAUGUCUGCUAGUGGUGAAGUUGAUCUCCUCAUAUUCAGUACUAAAUCAUUGGACGAAAUACUCAUUUUUGUAAUGUGCUUAACUGUAAUAAAAGAUUUUGAUUUCCAAAUGA